AUGUCCAACUUCCCGCGAACGUCGCGCCCCAAGCCUCCGCCGCCAGGUAACGAGGAGGCAUCGGCCAACCUCAACCUAGGCGAGUUCCAGGGUGUCGACACCCUCACGCUAUCCGAGGCGGCCCUCGUCCUCAAUGCCCUGGUUGCCAAGCGUCGCAACGAUCGCAAGGAUACAAACGAGACUGAGAUGCUCAACACGACGCUCAAUUAUCUCGAUCACUUCGCGCGGUUCACGCAAAAGGAGAACGUGGAGGCCGUGGAACGCUUGCUGAGCACCCACAAGGAUCUGGAGAAGUUUGAGAGGGCACAGCUGGGCUCGUUGUGUUGUGAAAAUGCCGACGAGGCCAAGACCUUGAUCCCUUCGUUGCAGGACAAGAUUUCGGACGAUGACCUGCAAGACCUGCUCAACGAGGUGUCGAAACUGCAGAACCGAUGA